CGGAGCCUUUCCGGUGGAGCAGUCUCUCGCGCCUACAGUGGUGGAAUCGAACGUCCCCGAGCGCACACGGCGUAGAGGAGAGUACAGCGCACGAGUCUCUGGAAGGAAGAUAACGGUUUCUUUUUUGCCCCCUCUCCACUCUAACAACGAGAACAAACCAAACCUGAAUUUUCAGGGGGGUUUGCAGAGUCUUCACAUAUUCAGGAGGAGGGAAGCGAGGGAUCGGAGCCGCAAGUUUUUUUUUUUUCUUUUUUUCGUUUUUUUUUCUCCUUUUCCUAAAAGAGGAUUCUGUGUUUCGCGGUGGUUUGCUCUCCGUUCUCGCCGCAAAGAUGAUGGUCGGAGAGGUCGAAGUGAAGGAGCGACCGAGGCCGAGUCCCGACUAUUUGAUGCAAUUAUUAAACGAGAAGAAGCUCAUGACCAGUUUGCCAAAUCUCUGCGGCAUCUUCACACACCUGGAGAGGCUUCUCGAUGAAGAGAUCAACAGAGUGCGCAAAGACAUGUACAGCGACACAGUGAAUGGCCUUGUGGACAGACACCCUCUAGAGCUGCCCGAGCCUACGGGACCCAUCGUCCACCUGCAGGAAAAACUGUUCGUGCCUGUCAAAGAGUACCCCGAUUAUAACUUUGUGGGGAGAAUCCUUGGCCCUCGGGGACUCACAGCCAAACAGUUGGAAGCAGAGACAGGAUGCAAAAUCAUGGUGCGAGGCAAGAGCUCCAUGAGAGACAAGAAGAAGGAGGAGCAGAACAGAGGGAAGCCAAACUGGGAACACCUAAACGAAGACCUUCAUGUCCUGAUCACAGUGGAGGACUCGCAGGCCAGAGCGGAGAUCAAGAUGAGCAGAGCGGUGGAGGAGGUGAAGAAGCUCCUCGUACCUGCUGCGGAGGGUGAAGACAAUUUGAAGAAGAUGCAGCUGAUGGAGCUAGCGAUACUCAAUGGGACGUACAGAGACAACAACAUCAAAACCCCUACCCUUGCAUUCUCUCUUGCAGCAGCGGCAGCAGCCGCUCAGGGCCCCCGCCUAAUAGCGGCCCCCAAUGGUCAGGUGUUGCCUCCCCAGGCACUCCGGCCUCAGACACCAGCCGGGACUCCCAUCAUGAACCUCAUCCGUCCCACUCAGAUGGCUGCCAUGCUGCCCAAUGGCACCCCCACCCUGGUGCCUCCCACACCGGAUGGCGGGCUCAUCUACACCACCCCUUACGAUUACCCAUACGCCCUGGCACCCACCUCCCUGCUGGAGUACCCCAUCGAGCACAGUGGGGUUCUAGGUAAGAGAGCCUGGGGGAGCAUGGGUGCGGCAGGUACAAUGGCCAACUUUGGCCAGCCUGGACAGGAGGGGGCCUUGUUUUACCCUGGAGCUGGGGUGCUGGACGCGGCUUCCAUGAGCCACAGUCAGGACUUGUUGAAAGGUGCAAUGGCUACUAAAGUGAGACGGCAUGACACGCGGGUCCAUCCUUACCAAAGGAUUGUGACCGCUGACAGAGCCGCCACCGGCAACUAACACAUGACCUUCUGACCUCUGAACUCUUCACCCAAUGACGAGCCGCCCCAAGCCUGCCUGCUGAUCAGUUAACUGGUAAUUGCCUUUUGCUAGCCUCUCGGACGCAAGUGAGAGAGAGAGGCGCCUGCCCGUACAGUUACCCUAACACGUUCUGACAAAAAAAUAAAAAAUAGAAACCAACGCAGAAUCUUCACAGAAACACAACGCAACCAACAAAGUUGUGUAAUAUUCAUUUUUUCCCUCUGUUCAUUGAGUUUUAAUUCCCAUUCUUUCUCUUUCUUUUUCUUCAUGAAUCACACACCGGGUGGAUGUGUUAUUUUACUCAUAAAUCUGCACUGAAUAUAUAGCAAUAAAGAACCCCACCCAACCUGCCCACCCACCCUCCUUUCAGUACUCUAAUUUGGUGACCUCACUUGUAUGAGUCAAAGUUCAAUAAUACCCAUUUGACGCAAACCCUUUGGUUUCAGAGAAAUGACGCCACCCCCCCUCAAAUGCAAAAGCCCUCCUCCUUCCCCCUCCCCGCUUCCAACACCCAACUUUUUGGGAGAGAGAAAAAGAAACAGAAGGAAAGAGAACAUACACUCACAUUAACUUGUUUAAUUUCUAGUCAUUUUUCACAUGUAGUGCAAUUGUUGAGCUCUAAGAUGUAAUUACAAGCUGACACAUUCUGGGUGGUGCAUCUCUCAACAGCUUUCUGUCUGUUUUUUUAAAAAGCAUGGCUGAAAUGAUUGCAAUGGAGCUUUUAUGAUUAUGUGUGUGUGUUUUUUUUUCUCCUGUCUUUUGUUUGCUUUACUUUGAGUCAUUUUCUACACCUGAUUUUUGGUUUUCUCUGUUGUUCAUGUUGACUAAUUAGCUUUGCUUAAAUUGGACUAGCUGAAAUAUGGCAGGUGUUUAUCUCUGGAAAACUAAAAACCGCAAUCUGAGUUUGAUGCAGGCUGCAAAAAAUAAGGAAAGAUGAAGGGCACGAUGGGAAGGUCAUUAUUUGGGAUGAGGGGUCUGUGUGUGUGCGUGUUUUUUAAUUAAUACUACAAUGAAAGUAGGGUGUGCUGAGGCUUUGGGGACAUUGGAACAGUGCUUAUUAGACUACUGACCAUUGUUACACCCCCAUCCACACUACAUCCAUUAUACAGUGCCUGAUGUAUUUAGAAAAAAUAUCUCAAUGAGUUAGCUGAGCUGUGAUUGAAAAGACAAAAAAAGUAUUAAGUGUGCAUAUUUAGCCAAAGGGUUUUCCAAUGAAUUAAUAUCUGCGAUUAUGCCAUCUGUCUCACAGAGGGCUCUUUGUGAUUUAGAGUUGGAAAGGUGUGAAUUCGUGGUGCCUGCCUUCAGCUGACACAGACUGCUGAGUCACUACAAGUCAAAUCAGAUGCAGGGUUUUUUAUUUCACCUCUAAGCUUUUUGACACACCCCUCCUUUAUGCUGUUGACACAAAUAAAGUCACUUCUGUUAAAUAUCUUGGCUGAAUUUUCAGAAGCGCAUAGAUUCCCCACAUGAUAUUUUUAGCCAUUGUUUCACUGCUGGUUGUCUUGGAAAGAGAGGCUUGUCAGGGUCCAACAUCUUCAGAACUCCAUAUGAGAAUGUUUCUAGGCGCAUUCUAGGACCAUGAACAUAUUAAAGAAGGGUCCAUGUGGCUAAUUACAAUCACUACAAGCUAAUCUGACGACAGUGAUUCCAAUAAGAUCUGAGGCUCAUACCAAGUAUACUAGUUCCUGGAUGAUAAUUUGGGGGUUCUAACUGUGUAGCAGUCAAUACAGAAGUUCACCAAAGAGUGACAUAAUUCAAACAGGGGAAAAAAAUGGGGCAACUAAAGAUUCACUCAGUGUUUUACAGAACUUUUGGUAUUUUGUCUCAAGUAGCGUAUUCAUCAGGUUUGAACCAAGCCUAAAUAAAACCAAAACCCUCUCUCUGAUUUGAUUUGGAGUCAUAAGCUUUUGACACAAUAAACGCUCUGUUUUCUGAGGAGGUGAAGGCAGGCAGUUAACACUAAAUCAACAAGCUAUUGUUGUUAGGGGGAAGGGCACUUUGAAGUUCUGUACAUAAAUGCUUUUGUCAUGAUACCUGGCUUCUAGUUUGAGUUGUUUCAUCAGCCACAUUGCCAAACAGUGUUUAUUUGUUCGUUUUUAUUUUUGCAUCUAACAUUUGGACUUUUUUUUUCCUCCUCGUUUUUUUUUCUUUAUGAACCCUAGUUGGGAUAAAAGGUCGGCAUAAUCUGAGCCUUCCUGCAGAUAAACCCGUUUUUUUUUUUUUAAUUGAUGAAACAUUCAUUCUAUUCUAAAACAUAACAAACCAUCCAAAAGCGCAUCCACAAUGUGUCACACCUCCUGUAUCGUAGACUAGAUCCUGAGCCCACGAACCUUUGUUGAAACUCUCUCAAGAAAAAUAGAUGUGAAAGCCAUGCCUGCCUGUUCAAAUUGGCUUUAUACAUACGUUAUUAUAUAUAUAUAAAUAUAUAUAUAUAUAUAUAAAUAUAUAAAAAUGUAGAUAUCUGUCAUUGGCAUAUACAAAUACAGAAGAGAACAAAAAAUAGAUAAUUUUACAGGGUGCUGGAGAAGUGAAAAAAAUUGAGAACUCUAUUUUUGGCAAUUUUAGCUUUUGAUACUUUACUUGCAGUUACAAAAUCAGAAAAAAAGACAAAAAAAAGUUUUAAACAGUAUAGGGGGAAAACAAAAGCUGAGUGGGUGAGGAGAAAAAAAAAGUGCUGUUACCCUGGAUAUGAUUUGAAAAGGAAGACGAAGACCAAAACAGUCAUAACCCUGGAAAAGGUUAGAGCAAGACAGACGCCUGGAGAGUUUAAAAAAAAGGAUGAUCAAAUCAAAGUGCCUUAUCAACAGUGGUUUCUGUUUUCUGAGUAUUCCAGUUGUGUUCAAUAAUAUCCAGCACCCCACCGCAACGGCGCAGAGAGGAAUGGCUAGUGUUACACGCUCUGAAUAGUUGAGCAGGGUAGCUCCCACCUUUAUCGUGGUGUUACUCGAGUUAUUCUAUGCAAAAAGAAUAGCAGUCGUUUUGACCAGCUAAAAUAUGUGCCAUGGUUUUGUCUUCCUGAAACUGAGUUUUUGUUUUUCUGUUCCUUGACUUGAUGGCCCUUUACUCUGCUGUAUGUGCAGGUUUUUUGUUCUCUUUUCGUUUGGAUUUUAAUGAUCAUAUGAAAUAUUGUCUUGAUUUAUUUCUUUUUUUUUUUUGGUGAACUGUGACAAACUUCCUAGAACAAAUUGAACUGCCAAUAGCAAUGCAGCAGUCUGCCAGAGCAUGUUUGGAUCACAAACCUAAACGAAUAACACAACAGUCAAGGGAACGGAUAUAAAAAGGGGGGACUGGUCACCCCCAUUUGUUUCAACAGCUGCAAACUGAAAGCAUCCAGUCCAUGUCUCCAUCUGACAAACAGACUUUCAAUACAGUCAGGAGAUUUAUAAUGGGACGGAUGAAACACUGAUUAAUAAAGCAAACAACUCUUUUCACAGCCGAACAGUUUGCAGCUAUUGAAACAAGCUCAGUUUAUUGCUGGAAGGUGAAAUAAACUCAUGAUAAAUUGAGGAAUGGAUCCCAAUAUCACCCUGGCAGUUUGUUUUUCUACUCAUAGCUCUUUCAUCGUGCUGUUACACCGAAAGGUCAAUGAAUUUUUCUUCUCAGUGUUAUUAUUUUAAAAUUGAAAUGCAAUAUUAAAGCAGAUCAAGAGAUGGCUAUUCAGCAUUUGACAGUAUUAAGAAAAUUCCCUCUGCAAUGUUACAACUUGCUGUGUCAUUGUGAAAGGCUGGAUAAGUCCAUCAGGUGAAGGUGAAAUCUAAACCUACCGUAUUCUCUCUGGCCUGCCUACUACAUGUAUGAUAAUGUAAUUAACAGCCAUUGUUACAGGUUUAUAAUGUAUUUUUCUAAUCUCAUUUAUAUGUAUAUUAAUCAUGUUUCUGAGUGCUUUUCUUUUUUCUUUUUUUUUUUUUAAAGAAACCCACUGCUACUUUUUUCCCUCCCCUCUCCUCCUCCCCUCUUUCUCUUUUACAUCUUGAAACUGUCUCUUGUGGGGAGUGUUGCCUUUUUCCCUGUUAUAUUUUGUUCUGUUUUUUUCUUGCCAAUUCCCAGCUUGUUUAACUCAUUAGCUACUUUAUUAGUUUCCUUGUCAUAAGUAUUUUUACAUGCUUGCAUUUAGUUUUCAUGGUGUAUGCUGUUAUUUUUCUUAUUAACCUCUUGGCAUUUAUUUUAAUAAAACAUUCUUAGUAAGAAUUUUACUAACUUUGCUGAUAUUUUGUCUUGUGUUUUAACCAGUUUCAUGAAUGUAUUACCUUGGUCUGGUUCACGGACUAACACGAUUAAAAACUGGUGUCUGGCCAUCACUUACACUGACUGAUUCACACGCACACUACAGAAACACACACAGACCAGUCACCUGCAGGCACACACAACACAACCUAACUGGAAGCUGCACGAGUUGAUAAGUGCCCCCCUCCUCCCCUCACUGCCGCUCACGCACUCUCACCUCUAUGCUGGAGAAACCUGCUCACACUCUCAUACUCGCUCCCUCCCUCCUCGCUCAGUUCCAAUACUGCUGCUGUGUCUCGUCGUUUCUGACACUACGCUCUUUAUUAGUCGUCCUGUCCUUCUGUGUCUGACCCCGAGAGACAGCAGGAAGUGUCGAAGGGUGGAUGGGAUUGAAUGGGAGGGAAAGGGUGGUCAUAUAAUAAGCUGCAUGUUACUUGAGGUCACUGGGUAUCCUUUGGGUGAGCUGCACACUCUGGUUAAAAGAGUGGAGGGUUUUUUGUACACAAUGGUUACUCUCAUAGAGUGGAAAAAUAAUCCCUAAAGAUAAAAGUCCUCUUUCUCCUCGUUCGUGCAGGACUAGUGAUAAUCUGUGCAUAGACACUGCAUAUUAGUCAUCUCAAAAGGAUUAAUUUUACUGUGAAUCAUGUAGAGCAGGACAUUACAACUCGGGGCUAAAUUUACAGAUGACAGUUGUGUGAUAGUCUAAAUCUGUCCCCGGUCUUUCAUUGUGAGUUUUUUUUCCUCCACUGCAUCCAUGGCUUGUCAUGCCUGGAUAGCAGCAUUACAGUUAUCACCAGCUGUUGUCUGUUUGGUGAACACUUCUCCCCAUUUGGCUUAUUGAUAUAAGCGCUAAUACUGGGCCAUUUGGGAGCGUCCAUAAUGCUUAGACACACACCAGUACACCAUGCCAAUAUGAAGUACUCUGGGAUCAAAACAACCCUCCCUAUUCCUUCCAGUGUAAAACGCUGAUAUGGCUUUCAGCUAGCCAGUAUUUAUUGUUUUUGGGAGUUAGUUUUUUCUCUUUGUUUCUGCUGUGUCAGUGUGCUCGUCCCGGGUUUCUCCUCUCUUCUAUUCAGCUUCCUUCCUCCUCCUCUAAUUUAAGGUAUUGACACUGACACACAAGCAAAAAGAUUAACUUCAUUAAUCCUGAUUAUUACUUUAACCCACUGAGUGAUGCCUCAACAUUUUUUUUCUCUCUUUUCUUUUUAAAUCUGCACAACAAAACAACUCGGCCUUAACUGUUGCAAUUUCCUUCAUGUCUCGGCAAGCGAAGAACAAGGAUUAAAAGUGUCUAACAUCAAACUUAACACUUCUCUUCCUCUCUGGAAUUAACAUCUCAUGUCUUUGAUCUGAAAAUCGGGCGUUCUUCGCCCACACCUGCUUGUACACCAGCAAGACAAGGCAGAGAUUGGAUUACAGCAGCAAACAUUUUUUUAUCCACAUUGAGUAAAAGCUUUUUCUAUUUCCAUUUUUUUUGAUUGGCUUAUUUUUCGCCAUAAUGAGCAGUUUGAGCCAGUUUCCGCCCAUUUAGCAGGCGAUUUGUUUUUCUGUUUGUCAGUGCAGGCAGAUGAAAAAGACAUUAAUCGUGGACGUUAUUUUCCAGAGCACAACAAACACUGCCUAACAACAAUGCAUCUGGGAAUGAAAAAAAAAAGUGCCUUUUCCCUCGAGAUUGAGGAAUAAUAUAUUUUUGUACUUUAUCAUUCAAGUGCCAAUUUUCUGCCUCCCUUUAUCUCGCCGGAAAGCUUUUUUGUUAAGCACAAAAAAAACUAAAUGCCCACGUUUUUUAUUUUCUGUACAUACUCAAACUGGGAAUGUUUGACUGAAAAUCUUUGGAAUUUUGGUCACAACUGUUCCCACCAUUAAACUUCCGGUUUAAUGGCUCCUGUUCUGAAUCUGAUUGACUGAGAACUCUUCCUGAUCGGACCACAGUAUGCUGUUAACGCCUGUGUGCAUACUGCUGCCAUGUUCUCAGUGCCUUUUCCAAACACAGGGCAUUCAGUGUAUUUAUCUACUAACUACCUUUUCACCUGUCAGUCGUUUCUUUUUCUUCUGUUCUGUUUAACAAACAUUCCUCCAAUGAGUUAAACGGCAGGUUAACCAAUCAGUAUUGCUCUCAGCGAUGUAGCACUCAGGUGGUUAAAGGGCAAAUGCUACCAAAAUACAGAACGAGAAAAAUUAAAGCCCCACUGGAAUUUUUCUUUAUUUUUGACUGUGAUAAAUGUGCAUCAGAAGUCUCUUUUUUUUCCUAAAGUCAUACUAGUAUGAUAUAAACUGUCAGUUCCUCAUCCGUAUAGUGGUGCACUAAAAUAUGUGAGAUUUUUCUUUUUUGUUGUGGAGUUGUAAGAUUUUAUGUGAAGUAGCCUUUAUUUUGUUUGUGUUACCUUGUUUUUAUAGAGGGUUAGACUGAGAAUUUUUGAUUAGGGUGUAAAACAUGUAAUGCCAGUUUUUGUUGCUCACACCAAAAAAAAGAAAAGAAAAGAAAGGAAAACAAAUGUCAUGUGUGCAAUAAAGAACCAUAUUUACAAGCUUC